UUAAGCCAGAGAGAAGAACCUAUUAGAGAACCAUCUUGGAAGAUUAACAUGGAGAAAGGUUACUCAGGAAAUGUAAAGAAAAAGAGCUCAGGAAACAAACAUAAAAAAACAUUUUCACAUUUAGUGAAAUGGGGCUUCCCAAGCAGGCCACUACAGUUGCAUCCUGGGUUUGCCCCGGGUGUGGUAUACCAUGACACACCAGAGAACGGCUUCAUCCUUUACCAGCACUCAUAUAAUGAGUUGGUUGCACAAAAUGCAGCUCUGAGAGACCAGCUGGCUUUUCAGCGCAACCGACAUGAGCAUGAAAGACAGCGCCUCCUAAAAGCUCUGAAGAAACCUAACUCGGAUGUCCUUAUUACAGCUGUAAAUGACAAAUGGCAACAAUGGUGGGCUAUCCGAGAACAGCAGAUUGCUGCCCAGUUACAAACUGAGUGGCAUGGCAUGCAUUGGUACAUAAAUGAGAUGAAUGCUAAUUUUUGCAGUCAUAUGGAAUCCCUGUAUGAGCAAAAUGCAGAAAUUGUUGGCUAUCUUCAAAGUCAGAUGGAUAACAUGCAGUGGUACACGGAAAGGGCCAUCGCAGAGAAGAAUGAUCUCAUCAAAAACCUCAGAAAAGAAAAUGCUGUACUCAAAGCACAAAAUAAAGAGAUGACUUUCCAGCUCUGCAAAUUCAAAGCAGAAACCCCAGAACACCAGAAACCCAAAGAUUCGCUCGACGUCCCGGAACAACAGUUGCAAACUGAGAAGGAGGCAGGGGCGGACUGGGACUAAAAAGCAGCCCUGGACUUUGACUCAGCCCAGCCCACAAGAAUCGCUUUACGAAGGGAAACAGACCCCCUAGGGGUGUCUGGGGGCAUACCGCCCAACCCCCCAACCCCGGGGAGAAUUUUUUUUUUUUUUUUUUACAUUUUAUUGUAAAAUGCAUCAAUUUCUUGCACUUUAAGAGAAAAUGAAGAAAAUAUGUUUAGACUGUCACGGUCUGGGUGGCACGGUGGCUUAGUGGUUAGCACAUCUGCCUCACAGUUCUGAGAUCAAGGGUUCAAUCCCGGGCUUCGGCCUUCCUGUGUGGAGUUUGCAUGUUCUCCCCGUGCCUGCGUGGGUUUCCUCCGGGAACUCCGGUUUCCUCCCACAUCCCAAAAA